UUUCAGCUCUUCCAUGUGGCCUACAUCCUCAUCAAGUUUGCCAAUGCCCCUCGACCUGACCUAUGGGUCCUGGAGCGCUCCCUGGACCAUGGGAAAACGUAUGCUCCAUGGCAGUACUUUGCUCAUUCUAAAAGGGAGUGCAUUGAGAGGUUUGGCAAAGAACCAAAUGGACGCGUAGUCCGAGAUGAUGACCAGAUCUGCACCACAGAGUACUCUAAGAUCGUUCCAUUGGAGAACGGGGAGAUUGUGGUGUCUCUGGUCAACGGUCGCCCGGGCUCGAAGAACUUCACCUAUUCUCCAGUGCUGAGAGAUUUCACCAAGGCCACCAACAUCCGCCUGCACUUCCUCAGGACCAGCACUCUGUUGGGGCACCUAAUUACCAAGGCCCAGAGGGACCCCACUGUCACACGCAGGUAUUACUACAGCAUCAAAGACAUCAGUGUUGGGGGACGUUGCGUUUGUCACGGCCACGCGGAGGUGUGUGGGGGGCGUAACCAAGGCAAACUCAAUCGGCUGCAGUGCGAGUGCAAACACAACACCUGUGGUGAGUCAUGUGACCGCUGCUGUCCAGGGUUCAACCAGAAGCCAUGGCGUGCUGCUUCGACAGACAGUCCCAACGAGUGCCAACCCUGCCAGUGCCAUUCACAUGCCACUGAGUGUUAUUACGACCCAGAGGUGGAGCAGAGGAGAGCAAGUUUAGACACAUUCGGCAGGUACGACGGCGGAGGAGUGUGCAUCAACUGCCAGCACAACACAGCGGGAGUGAACUGUGAGCUUUGUGCGGAUGGAUUCUACAGACCCCAUGGAUCACCUCCAGAGUCUCACACUGGAUGCAUACCCUGCAGGUGUGAUGCCAGGACUACUGCUGGUUGUGAGAUGGGGACAGGACGUUGCCACUGCCGGCCAGAAUUCACCGGAAACAACUGUGAACGCUGUGCAGACAGUUACUCCGGCUACCCACAGUGCAUCAGAUAUCCAAUCUACCAGCCCACCACCAAAUCUCCUGCAGGCCAUAUAGUAGAGCCCACUGCCUGCCCUGCUGGUUAUUUUGGAGCACCCAGCUGUCAACGGUGUGUGUGUGACCGCGGUGGAUCAGUGCUGGAGUUGUGUGAUGCGUCAGGGCGCUGCAUCUGUCGUGAUGGUGUGGAGGGUGAGAGAUGUGACCGCUGUCGACCAGGGCACCACUCAUUCCCUAACUGCCAAGAGUGUGUGUGCGACGGCAGUGGUUCGGUGCUGGAGAUGUGUGACGCAUCAGGGCGCUGCGUAUGUCGUGGAGGGGUGGAGGGCGAGAGAUGUGACCGCUGUCGACCAGGUUACCACUCCUUUCCUAACUGCCAAGUGUGCCGCUGUGACGGUGCAGGUGUGACUGACAGGGUCUGUGGGCCCAGCGGACAGUGCCGUUGCCAUGUCAACUACUUCGGAAGUCAAUGUGACCAGUGUGCCCCUGGUUACUAUGGAUACCCAGACUGUGCCUCCUGCCAGUGUUUAGGGGAGGGUUCCUAUGACUCCAUGUGUAACCAAGUAUCAGGCCAGUGUCUGUGUCGCCCUGGGGUGGUGGGACAGCAGUGUGAUCGCUGUGCCGGGUCAGGCCUCCGCUUCCCUCAGUGUUCAGCCUCCAUCGCCCAGUGUAACCCAGCAGGGUCAGAGGUCAGCACAGCAGAUACACAAACGGGUUCCUGUGGCUGCCUGCCCAACGUGGAGGGAACACUGUGUGACAUGUGUAAACCUCUCUACUGGAACCUGGCGACAGAGAACCCCAGCGGCUGUAUAGAGUGUCGCUGUGGCGUCAAAGGCACCCUGAGUGGGGUAGGAGAGUGUCAACAGAAAAGUGGCCAGUGUUACUGCAAGCCCGACGUGUGCAGCCAUACCUGUGACACGUGCAAGGAGGGCUACUACCUGCUGCAGAAGAGGAACUAUUUUGGCUGUCAAGGCUGCCAGUGUGAUGUGGGAGGAGCCAUAGGCAGAGGGUGUGAUGAGAUGUCUGGACAGUGCCAGUGUCGGAAGAACGUAGUGGGCCGCACCUGCACGGAGCCAGCACCUAACUACUACUUCCCCAGCCUGCACCACCUGAGGUAUGAGGUGGAGGAUGGCAUCACCCCCAACGCCAGGCCCGUCCGCUUCGGCUACGACCCCCAGACGUUCCCAGGAUUCAGCUGGAGAGGUUACGCCAUCAUGUCCCCAGCGCAGAGUGAAGUGAGAGUAACAGUGCAUGUGGACGAGGCAAGGCGAUCCUUGUUCCGACUUGUCCUGCGGUACGCUAACCCCAGCAGCCAGGACAGUGUGACUGGUGGUGUAACGGCUACCUAUGUCCGAGGUGGCCAAGGGUCAGGUCAGAGUAAGGAAGUGGUGUUUCCUUCUAGCUCCUCCCCUGCCUACCUCACGGUCCCUGGGGACAGCUUCGCUGAGCCCUUCACACUGACCCCUGGGAAAUGGAUCAUACGCAUCCAGGCUGAAGGCCUUCUACUGGACUACUUGGUGCUGCUGCCCAGUGAUUACUACGAGGCUCCCUUCCUCCAGGAGAAGAUCGCCCAGCCCUGCACGUACACAUUCACCGCAGACAGAGACACAAACUGUCUGCUGUAUAAGCACAUAGCGAUGAACAGGUUCAGCUCUGUGCUGGGCUCUCAGGGCCAGUUCUCCAGCCAGUGGAGACGCAGGAGGAGACAGGCCCUCGUCCGCCGGCCAACUCCAGCCCACCCCGAGAUGGCGUCGCUCACCGGGAGACAGGCCCAGUUACAGCUGAGCCUGCGCGUGUCUCCACCCGGUCCCUACAUCCUGGUCCUGGAGUAUGCCAGCGAGGUAGACACGGUCCAGAACGUCAACCUCAUCAUCGCUGGCCAAUCAGAGAGUCAUAUCCAGGCCAGAGCCAACAUCUACAACUGCCAUUACAGCUUCCUUUGUCGCAGUGUGGCGGUUGACGGAACCAAUCGCGCUGCAGUGUUCCAGUUUACCCACAAGGCCGAGCUUCUUCUACAGACCUCCACAGCCUCAAUGCUGCUGUAUAAAGUGUAUGCAGUGCCCGCGGACGAGUUCUCCAUGGAGUACCUGGACCCCAAGGUGCUCUGCGUCUCUGUCCACGGACGCUUCACUGAGGACAGUCAGUACUGUGUUCCCAGCCAGUACGACAGGCCCUCCACAGCGCUGGUUCUGGACGCAGCUCGGGACGCACUCUCCUCCCCACAUGCCGUCCCCCAGCAGAGGGAGAGUGAAGAGUGGAGACGAAGACGACAGUCAGGGGCUGGGGGCUUCCCUUUCCAUGGAGCCCAGAGUGAAGGGGUACUACUCAAAUCUCCCCAGACAGAGAUCCGUUUCAGUGCCAGGGUGCCAGUUCCUGGCAGGUAUGUGUUUGUGGUCCACUACUGUCAAGCUGAACACACCACCUUCCCUGUGGAGGUACGGGUGGAUGCCGGACACACGUGGGCCGGCACUGUGAAUGCCUCUUUCUGCCCGGGGGUCUCCUGCUGCAGGGAGGUGGUCAUCGCUGAGAGGCGCAUCGCUCAGGACCUUCCCCAGCAAGACAUGGACAUCUCUCUCAAGGUUCCACCCGGGAAGACCCUCACUCUGGAUUACAUCUUGGUGGUUCCUGGCGAUAGCUACACCCCUGAUCUCCUGAAAGAGAAGCCGUUUGAUAAGUCCUCUGAUUUCACCAGGCAGUGUGGAGGACCAAGCUUUUCUAUAGACCCCAGAACGUCCUCCCAGUUCUGCAGAGACUCAGCCCGCUCGCUGGUAGCAGCCUAUAGUGACGGGGCCCUGCCCUGCUACUGUGACAAAUCAGGGGCCACGGUGCCCACCUGUAACCCUGUAGGGGGCCAGUGUCCCUGUAGACCCCAUGUGAUCGGUCGGCAGUGUACACGAUGUGCCACAGGAUACUAUGGCUUCCCCUACUGUAGACCGUGUGAGUGUGGCCAGCGGCUGUGCCACGAGGUGACAGGUCAGUGUAUCUGCCCGCCCCAGACAGUGAAGCCAGUCUGUGAUGUGUGUGAGAGCCAGACGUUCAGCUACCACCCUCUAGUGGGCUGUGAGGGCUGUGACUGCUCCCCCAACGGAGUCAGGCCCAACGCAGGGAGAGACUGUGACAGUGACACGGGACAGUGCACGUGUAAGCCCAGGAUCGGUGGGCGGCAGUGUGACAGGUGUGCUGCAGGGUUCUACAGGUUCCCCGACUGUCUCCCAUGUAGCUGUAACCAGGGAGGGGUCACACCUGAUAUAUGUCACCCAGACACAGGACAGUGCCUCUGCAAGAGGAACGUGCAGGGUGCCCGCUGUGAUGCCUGUAGAGACGGGUCCUUCCACUUUGACCCCUCCCACCCCAGAGGCUGCGUCAGCUGCUUCUGCUUCGGAGCCACCGACCAGUGCCAGAGCUCUGGCAAGCGCAGGGGGAAGUUUAUGGACAUGCGUGGCUGGCGUCUGGAAAGGGCUGACCAGGAGGAGGUGGCAUCAGUCCUCAACCCGUCCAGUAACACUGUGGUAGCAGACGUACAGGAGUUGCCUAGCACUACCCAGAUCCUCCACUGGGUGGCGCCACCAUCCUACCUGGUAGACCGGGUGUCGUCCUAUGGGGGCUACCUCACCUACCAGGCUAAGUCCUUUGGGAUUCCCAGUGAGGGGAUGUCGCUGAUGGACCGCAGACCUGAUGUCCUGCUCAGUGGCCAGGAGAUGACCCUGGUCCACAUGUCCCCACAAACCCCUCAUCCUGACAGACUCCACCAGAGCAGAGUCCAGCUAGUAGAGGGGAAUUGGCGUCACUCCGGCACCAACCGUCCUGUGUCCAGAGAGGAUCUGAUGGAAGUCCUGGCAGGGCUGGUUGGUCUGAGGGUGCGGGCCCUCUACUUCACCCAGAGCCAGAGACUCAGCCUGGGGGAGGUGGGCCUGGAGGAGGCCACAGACACAGGGGCCGGGGGCCCUGCCAGCACCGUGGAGGAGUGUGCCUGUUCCCCUCUCUACAGAGGAGACUCUUGCCAGAAAUGUGCUCGUGGUUACUAUAGGGACGGCAGUGGGCCCUACCUGGGUCGCUGUGUGCCCUGCUUCUGUAACGGCCUCGCCAACGAGUGUGACGACCGGACUGGGAGGUGCCUGAACUGCCAGUACAACACAGACGGGGACAGGUGUGAGCGCUGCAAAGAGGGUUACUAUGGAGACGCUGCCCAGAGAUCAUGCCGGGUGUGCCCGUGCCCCUUUGGUGUGCCAGCUAACAGUUUUGCGGUGGGUUGCAGAGAGGUCGCUGGAGGGUUCCAGUGUGUUUGCCGACCAGGCUACGCAGGAGACAGUUGUGAACGAUGCGCCCCAGGUUACCACGGUGAUCCAUUGACAACCGGAGGAAGCUGUCGGCCUUGUGACUGUGGCGGCAACGGAAACAGCUGUGACUCCAGGACUGGUGUGUGCAAGAAUGCGUUGGAGCCGGGGGACACCAACACAGACGAGCAGUGCCAAGAGUGUGACGACUGCGCCGAGACCUUACUAAACGAUCUGGGGCGUCUGGAUGAGGAGCUGGGCAGGAUUAAGACUCAGCUGGAUAACGCCAGUAUCUCCGCCUCCUCUCAGGACCGACUCAGGAUGCUGGAGAAAGCCAUCACAGAGACCAAGAGUCUGGUGAGCAAGUUCAGUUCCAGUGUGAACAGCCAGAAGCCCAAGGUUAGCCAACUGGAGCAGGACACUCUCAGUGUCAACGAGGAUAUCAGCGCUCUCAAAGAAAAGGCGGACGACAGGGCUGCGGAUGCCCAGAAAGUGCUGAAUGAUGUGGGUAAAACCCAUCUGAGAGCUAAAGACCUGGACACUGAGGCUAGGAACCUGCUCGAGAAGAUCCUGGCCCUGCUGCUGCAGCUGAAAGAGUCUGGUUCCGGUGAUGUGGUGCCCAGUGAGAGCCUGGCUAAGAUGUUAUCCGACGCUGAACGCAUGGUGAAGGAGAUGGAGAGGAGAAACUUCAACCCCCAGAAAGACGCAGCCGACAAAGAGAGAGACGAGGCCCAGAAACUGCUGGACUACAUCAAGGCUAAUGUGACCAAGCAGUAUGAUCAGAAUGAGGCAGCAGCCAAGAGGGUGAAGGGUCUGCUGAAGGACUAUGAGGCUAAACUGAAGGACCUGGAGGAGGCGCUGAAACAGGCUGGGGACAUGGUGAAGAAAGCCAACUCUCAGAACGGACUCAACUCAGAGGCACUGAAAGACAUCCUGAAACGUAUGGAGGACCUGAAGAAGGAGCGGAAGAAGGUCCAGGACCAGAUAGCCAUGGCAGAAGAUCAGCUGAAGGCCACAGAGGACCUCCUGAGAAUGCUGAAGGACAGCAAGACAGAGUAUGAACAGCUAGCUGCCCAACUGGACGGCGCCAGGACUGACCUCACCAAGAAGGUCAACGCCAUCUCCCAGGCCGCGGCCAAGGAGGACAUUGUGGAGCGAGCAGAGAGACACGCUGAGAACCUGGCCAAGCUGGCCAAGGAACUACAGGAUGCUGUAAGGGACUCGAGUGGCCGCUCUGAUGUGCGUGAUGCCAUGGACGCCAUUGAGGCCUACAAGAACAUCACAGAUGCGGUCAACGCUGCAGAGAAGGCAGCCAAGGAGGCCAAAGAUGCAGCUGACAAAGCCCUGAAGGAUGUGAAGAAAGAGGACCUGACAAAGAGAGCUAAGAAUCUGAAAGACAGCGGGAACGACCUACUGAGGGAAGCCAAGGACGCAGAAAAAGAUCUCAAAGAGGCCUCUGAUGACCUCACAGCCCAGAAGAAGCGCCUGAAUGACGCAGAGAAUAAGAAGAAAGCAUUGGAGACGGACCUGCUGGAUGCCCAGGCUGAGCUGAACAACAUCCAGAGAGAUGAUAUAGGAGACGUGCUAGAUGAGGCGAAGAGGAAGGCAGCGGCUGCCAAUGACACGGCCAGCACCACCAUGGACAGACUGAACGCCAUCAGAGAGGAAGUGGACAAGUUCAACGUCAUGCCCUCCGACUCCAACCUCGGCAGCAUCAUGGACGAUGUGGACAAGUCAGUGAAGAAUCUGUUGAACAGCAUCCCGUCUCUGCAGGAUAAGAUCUCGGAGGUGGAGGAGCUCAGCUCUCAGCUCUCCCCCGUCACCAACGUCUCUGAUAACAUCAAUAGGAUCAAGGAGCUCAUCGAGCAGGCUAGAGAUGCAGCCAAUAGGAUUGUGGUCCCUAUGAAGUUCAGUGGGGAUGGCCACGUGGAGCUGCGUCCCCCGCGGGAUAUUGAAGACCUGAAGGCAUACACGUCCCUGUCCCUGUCCCUGCAGAGACCAGAGCUCCCCAGCAGCCGAGGGGACGGAGCACGCAGACGGAGACAGACCACCCCGAUCACAGACACGGGUGACAUGUUCGUGCUCUACCUCGGCAACCAAGACUCGUCUAAAAACUUCAUCGGCAUGGCCCUGAGGAAUAACGUGCUGUUCUGUGUGUACAAUCUGGAUGGAGAAGAGUACGAGAUCAAGACGGACUACAUCACUAGGUCUCCCUCUGAGCCUUCCUUCUUUGACAAGGUGGACCUGCGCAGAAUUUACCAAGACGCAGAAGUGAACCUCACCAAGCUGUUCACAUCCAAUCAGCCGGACCCACCUCAGCUCAGCAGCAAGCAGGGAGAGCUGACCAGGAACCUUCUAAAUCUGGACCCCAGUGACAUUGUCUUCUAUGUCGGGGGCUACCCCUCCAACUUCAGUCCUCCAGCCUCCCUCAACUACCCCAACUAUAAGGGAUGCAUCGAGCUGUCCACCUUCAAUGACCGAUUCAUCAGCCUGUACAACUUUAAGAAUGCUGUCAAGGUCAACCUGGAGACUCCAUGCAAGAGGUAUAGCCAACCAGUGGUGUUUGAGUACUUUGAGGGGACUGGUUAUGCCAAGGUGUCCACCCAAGGUGUCAAGGUGCCCACUCUCCUCCUGGGCCAGACCAUCUCCACACGCUCAGAGAAUGGGCUUUUCCUCUACAUAGGAAAUGAGGAGAACUACUACAGUGUGACGUUUGAGAGAGGCUACGUUGUCAUCCGUAGUAACCUGCUCCGAGAACCAGUACAAAGCGCUACCAAAGUCUUCCCAGUGAAUUCAGACCAAGCAGAAGUGUUGAUCAUUAUUGAGUCUCAAGGAGGCCAAGAGAUGAAGAUCCGUGUAGCAGGCAAGGAGGUGGUCAAGUCUGAUGUCCAGUACACCCCAGGUGACUUCACAGACUACUACAUCGGUGGCGUACCACCAGCGCUGAGAGAAAGACACAACAUCACCGCCCAGCCACUGAAGGCCUGCAUGAACAACAUCAAGCUCAACAGCAAGUACCCCACCUUCGAGGAAAAAGUGGGCAUCAGCCGGGGCUGUCCCACGGACUUCCUGGCAUCUCGUAAAUCAGAGUUUAACGUGGGGAGUUCUCUGUCAGCUGCUCUCGAAGGCUUCAGCCUGGCAAGAGAUGUCUCAGUCUCACUGGGAUUCAGGAGCUCUGAGAAAAAUGGGCUCCUACUGCAGAACACCGAGUCGAGCGUUGGCGCCAUCGAACUUGCCUUGGUCAACGGCUAUGUGGUCCUGACGUUCAAAGACACAGCUUGGAAGUCUUGGAAAUCAAGCAAGCAGUACCAGGACGGCAAAUGGCAUUACCUGACUGCCACCAGAAGAGUGGCUUCUCAAAGUAUCGAGCUGCGGAUAGAUGACGAGGAUGUGGGAGGGCAGAUAACCUCAAGCUCCUUCAGUUCAAACCCAGACUCUGUGUUCCUGGGGAAAGACACCUUCAAAGGCUGCAUCUCCAACCUCUACCUGAGAAGGCCUAACUUUCUGUACAGAGCAGAGGACCUGAGUCAGUUCAGCUCUACAGGAGAUGUGCUGCUGGAUAAGUGUAGCUCUGACAGACCUCCACAACUGAUGCUCGACCACAACACCUCCAGGAAGGGUGGUGGUAUGGAGGUGUCAGAGGACAGUCUCUCUGUGUGUGCACACUCUGUUCUAGUCAAACAUGCCUACCACAUUGGGGGCACUGUGAGUAGCCUGGGCUACAGCCUCACUCCCCAGGUGCUCCAGCCCAGACCUCAUUUCUCCCUGGACGUUAGGACCAAGUCUGCCGAGGGCCUGCUGUUCUAUGCAGCCACCAGAGGGGGGAGCUCUCACAUGGCUCUCUACCUGUCCAAGGGCAGGAUCAGGCUGUCAGUAGGCAAGGGGAAGGAGAUCUUCAACAGGGAGAAGUACAACGAUGGAAGAUGGCACUCGGUAAUAUUCAGCCUAGAAAAGAAGAGGUUCCGGUUGGUAGUGAACGGUAUUAGGGCUCAGGCUGGACAGCUGACCAGUGAUGAGGCCACGUCCAUGGAACUGAUCUGUCCACUUUACCUGGGAAGUGCUCCUGAUUCCUUGAACGCAGAACUUAAGUGGAAGCUCCUCCCAAAGCAAAGUGUGAUUGGCUGUGUGCGUAACUUCAAGAUGAAUGGCACUCCCAUGCCAGAGCCAACCACCAAUCAUGGUGCUGGCCCCUGCUUUGACGGACAGACACAGAGUGGGGCCUACUUCUCAGGGAGAGGGGCAUAUGUCAUUAUUAAUGAUUCCUUUGUGGUGGGCUCCAGCUUUGAGGUGGUGUUUGACAUCCGUCCCAGGAGUCUGACUGGUGUUCUGCUCCAUGUGGGGGACUCCAGCAGGCCUCGCCGUGGGCCCAACACUGGACACCACCUCAGCCUCUACAUGCACAGAGGAGAGGUGGUGGCACGUGUGAACAAUGGAGCUGGUGAAUUCAGUGUUUCCGUUCGGCCCAAGCAGCCCUUGUGUGAUGGAAUGUUCCACAGAGUUGCAGUGAUCAAGAGGAACAACGUUGUGGAGAUGCAUGUGGACACUGAGGGCGACCACAAAAUAGGACCUCCUUCCUCCUCCCCCACUCUGACCAAAGACCCACUUUAUGUGGGCGGCAUUCCAGAAACGUCCAUGCACCCAUCCCUCCCAGUCACAGGGUCCUUUGAGGGCUGCAUCCAGAACAUGAAGAUCAAUGAGGACCCGAUCUCCUUCGAGAGGCUCUCUGGGGUAUUCGGGCCACUCAACCUCAGAGAGUGUCCAGCUGGCUGAGUAGAAUCUACUCCAUGACCACAUCCUGGGACUACAUCCACUCUCCACUAGCCGCUGCGUGCAAUCUGUUCCAAAAACAGAGAAUGUGUAUGUAUGUGUGUGUGUGUGAGAGAGAGAGAGAGAGAGAGAGAGAGAGAGAGAGAGAGAGAGAAGUGUGUGUGUGCAUGCGUGCAUGUGUGUCACAAGGAUAGUAAAACGAGGACCAUUUUGGACAAGUGGGGGACAUUUUGACAGUCCCCACGAGGAAAAAUGCUAUUUUAGGCUCAGGGGUUACUAUUAGGGUUAUAAUUAAAUUUAGGGUUAGUGGUUACGGUUAGGGUUAAGGUUAUGAGUUAGGUAGUUUUAGGGUUUGGGGCUAGGGUUAGAUUUAGGGGCUAAGGAAAAUAGUAUUUUGGAUGGGAAUCAAUUAUUUGGUCCCCACGAGGAUAGCAAUACGAAACUGAGAGCGAGAGAGAUGGGGAAGUUUGGCUCUUUUUACUGGCUCGGAUCUUUGACUCCUUCAGUCAAAAUAAUGAAUAUUUUGACUCAUUUCGUUCAGUCAGCAAUGCACAGAACACGCCGGACCCCCUACCUUCGAACCAUGAACUGAAAACUUCAAAGUCAUAAUUCUACAAGCUUCCUGUACACCAUUCGUGGCUUAUUUGUGACUGAGAUUUGUAAACGUGUGCUUUUAAAUAAAAUGUACAUUUGUUGAUUGAGAGGCAUACAAAUAAGAUUAUUUCUUGAUACAUUUGAAAUUAGGUCUAAUUGUGGCCACACCCGGACUAUAUUGUGAACGACUGUUGGCGUAAUGCAUUGCUUGACUGCCGUGGGGGUGAUGAGCACAAAGUCGUUUGUGAACUGCAGCCCCCGAAAUGAUUUGUUCUCGAGUUCUAGUUGGUUAAGCAGAGGCUGUGUAGGUUUUGGUUCUACAAAGCUCUGUCCGUGAUAAAUAAGUGGAAAUGCCAGAGAACUGUAUUUGGAGGAUUUAUAGGUGUAACCGGUGCUGUACUGCACCGCUGUAACUCUGGUUGAUUGAGACUAUAGACGUGGACUUUGGAGAUCAGGUAGUUUUAAUCAAGCAGAAUUCACUCUCUGCAUCUGCAUCCAAAAGGAAAUAAAACAUUUGUAGAUCACAUAAUGUUCUGAGAAUCGUCGCCUCUUUCUCUCAUAGUGCAUCACAAUGAUUUUCGAAUACAAAAAUUAGUACAGCCUCUCCUUAUUAUGCAUCAACUCAUUACAUAUUUUUUUUACAUAGAUAAAACCACACGCCUGCAUCCAAAAGAAAACAUUUGUAGAGCACAUACGGUCUGCGAAUCGUCGCCUCCUUCUAUAGCAGAUGCACAAUACAAGGGACUGGGAUCAUUCGAAGAGCUAGACAUCGUUCACACAUACAAUAGCCUGCUAAUUCCUUAGCUAGCUAUUAACCACAUGUUGAAUUCAGAAUGUUAAUAUCAUCCUAAAAAGUACAAUUACAUCUGAACAAUACCAUCCAAUUAUGAGUAACCUCUAAAUAUACAACAUUAUUCAUGAACAAAACACUGUAUGACUUUGUGCUUAAACGAAUCAAACUUUUCUGAAGGCGACAGAAAAAGCCUGCCUACCUCUCAUAGUGCAUCAAAAUGAUUUGAGCACGCAGGGCAAAACGUAAGUACACACUCCCCUACUCCCAGGAUGCAGGCAUGCAUAAUAACAAAUCAACAUGACAUAUUAAUAUAUAAACCUGGUGAAAUUCACACAGUACUUGAACAACUGUUACAUAGGCAUGGAUAUCCUCCAAACACCGGCUUCGAGGGCAUUAUCAAUUUUAUACAACGGGUUACGAACAUAUUCAAAUAACGAUUGACAUAUUUUCAUAAAUGCGUCAUUUUUAUUUAUUUAUUCAUACUGUUUCAUCCUUCCACAAGAUAUAGCCCCGACACAAAUCUAGGGUUGCCACCCAAUCCGGCUGGUUGUUCAUUCUAUUGGUUUGGUUGCCAGAGACGCGACCCAGUCGUUCAGUCUUUUUGUUCUGUAUCUAUGGAUGUGACCCAGUCAUUCCUUCUAAAUGUUCCAUUGCCAUACUGACGAGUGAUGGCUAGAUUUGGGACAUUUCUGUUGCAUUUCAAAGAUGGUGGUAGAAUCAUUUUUUUUAAACGGUUGUUUUUUUCUUUGUAUUUUCUUAUACCAGAUCUAUUGUGUUAUAUUCACCUACAUUCCAUUCACAUUUCCAUAAACUUCAAAGUGUUUCCAUUCAAAUGGUACCAACAAUAUACAUAUCCUUGCUUCAGGGCCUGAGCUACAGGCAGUUAGAAUUGGGUAUGUCAUUUUAAGCGAAAAUUUAAAAGAAAGGGUCUAUCCAUUAAACCUGUUGUAGGACUCUUUGCGGCCAGCAGGUCAAACGAAUGACUAAAGUGAAACAGUCACUCCGAAAAACGAAUCAUGAUUCCUGAGUCAGUAAAACGAGUCGUUCAAAAAUAACAAAUUGUUUGCAAACUGCACGUCGUGUGUGUGUGUGUGUGUGUGUGUGUGUGUGCUUGCGCAUGCGUGCAUGUAUGUUGUGACGUACAUGAUGAUGUAUGUUGUGCUCUUCCUUUGUAUUUACUCAUCCCCCCUCACACUAGGGCUCCCAAGUGGCGCAGUGGUCUAAGGAACUACAUCUCAGUGCUAGAGGCGUCACUGUAGACCCUGGUCCAAUUACAGGCUGUAUCACAACUGGCCGUUAUUGGGAGUCCCAAAGGGCUGCGCACAAUUGGCCCAGCGUUGUCAUUGUAAAUAAGAAAUUUUAAAUAAAGGUUAAAAAAAAAUGUUUUUAAAUAGUAUACAAACGCUUUCUUUUAGAGUGGAUGUGGCGUUUGUUUGGUCAGUAUUGCAUCAUGGCUACCAUAUAGGCUAAGCAACUCUGCACAUAAAAAAAAUAAAUGCCAGUUUAACAACAAAAAUAUCAGUCACAACAAUUAACUCUACAUUGGUAUUACCAUUUGAAUUACCAUUCUGUGUCUCUAGCGACAUGUAACUAUGAUCUCAUAUUAAAUGUUUGGACCUACUAUAAUUACAUUGGGAUUUUUUAUUUAUGUGUAUGUUGUCUGUUAACAAAAUAAUUUAUAAUCAUCGAUAUGGAUCCGGAGUAGUCAAUUAUUGGUAAAAAGCGAGACAUUUUCUCUCAAUGGUGUCAAAUUAUAUUCAACUGAACUGGGACCACAGAGAAAUGUACACCAAACCGUUUUCUCACAUACAAGUAUACUGAACAAAAAUAUAAACGCAACAUGCAACAAUUAAUGAUUUUACUGACUUACAGUUCAAAUAAGAGAAUCUGUCAGUUAAUUGAAAUAAACAAAUUAGGCUCCGUCUAUGGAUUUCACAUGAUUGGGCAGGGGCACAGCCAUGGGUGGGCCUGGGAGGUCAUAAGCCCACUGACUGGGAAGCCAGGCCCAGCCAAUCAGAAUGAGUUUUUCCCAACAAAAGGGCUUUAUUUGAGAGAAAUAUUUUCAUCGGCAGGGUCUGCGGUUGUGAGGCCGGUUGGAUGUACUGCCAAAUUCUGUUAAAACACCAUUGGAGGCGGCUUUUGGUAGAGAAAUUAACAUGAAAUGAUCUGGCAACAGUUCUGGUGGACAUUCCUGCAGUCAGCAUGCCAAUUGCACGGUCCCUCAAAGCAUCUGUGGCAUUGUGUUAUGUGGC